CUCAAACACUUAUGGAAAUUACACAACACGGUGCAGCCAAAGCCAAAGUUUCAUCACCCUCCAAGUUUUUCUUCUUCUUGUCUUCAAAAGAAUCAAAACUAAACCACUCUUCUUCUUCUUCUUCUUCCUUGUUUGUGUCUAUUAUUCCCUCUUUGUCAUGGAAAUGGAAGCCUUUGCCCCUCAGAGGAUAAGUGACGGUUUUCAAGUAAGUUGUGGUGUAAUUGGAAGUGGGUAUGCUUCAUCUUCGUCUCUAGUGUUGGAUAAGGAGAAGGGAGAGCUUGUUGAGGCCCCUGUCAAAUUGGAACGCAAGGGUGUGUCCCCUGAGAGAAGCAUUGAAGCCUUGAGGAACCAUAGUGAGGCAGAAAGGAGAAGGAGAGCAAGAAUUAAUGCACAUCUUGAUACACUUCGCACUGUCAUUCCAGGUGCUAAGAAGUUGGACAAAGCAACCUUGCUGGGUGAGGUUAUUAGACAUUUGAAAGAGCUGAAAACGAAUGCAGCACAAGCUAGUGAAGGCCUAAUGAUACCAAAGGACAGUGAUGAAAUAAGAGUUGAAGAACAAGAGGGUGGGUUGUAUGGUUUUCCUUACUCAAUUAAGGCAUCACUAUGUUGUGAAUACAAACCCGGGUUAUUGAGUGAUAUAAGACAAGCACUUGAUGCACUUCAUCUUAUGAUAACAAGGGCGGAAAUUGCAACCUUGGGGGGAAGGAUGAAGAAUGUGUUUGUGAUAAUUAGCUGCAAAGAACAAAGUGUUGAAGAUGCUGAAUACCGUCAGUUUCUGGCAGGGUCUGUUCAUCAAGCUCUAAGAUCUGUGUUAGAUAGAUUUUCUGUUUCACAAGACAUGUUGGAAAGCAGGAAGAGAAGGAGGAUUUCUAUAUUCAGUUCUUCAUCUAUAGGAGAUUUCUUGUGAGAAUUUUUCUAUAUAAGAAUGUAAUUUAAAUCUCCAUAUGCAUAGCAUAGCAUAUAUCUGAAUAUGAUGAGGGAGUAAUAGUGACACAUUAGCAAAUAGCAAUUUCACAUGCUAUGGAAAGUAGAGUGAAAUGUUGUGCUUCCACUCUUCUUAUCUAGAUUUGUACUUUCUUAAGAUGAAUCAUGUGAAUCUGGAUUCUACAUGUAUUUGGAGCAUUCACAUUUCACUGAUAACUUUACUCUUUUGACCAUAGACAGAAAUGGAGUUCUCGUUCCUAUCACCUUGUACCUUGUUUAGUCAAAAGUUUCUUCAGUCAAGAAUUCUCUUCCCGUGAACAAAAACUUGGACUUCUGGGGUAAGUAGUUUAUGACAGAUUUAAAACAAUCACAGCCUUUGUAAGAUUCUGUUUUGAAUUUUGUUAAUAAAUAAAUUGAUCUAUCUUAUGCAUUACUCCUCUCUCU